UGAUUGUGGUACACAAUUGUCAAUUCACUAAAAUAUUAUCAAAAUAAAAACAUUGGGUUGGUGUUUUGUCCCAACAAUUUUUACACAGAGAAAUAGGAAGUCAAACAAUUAUUUUCAAAAUAAAGGAUAAACUGAGCUAAUAACAUUUUCCCAAAAUAAUUAAAUUUUACAAUAAUAUGAUGUAGUGUCUGUAACUUAAAAUUAGCCUUAUAAACCUUAACUAUUUUAAUAUUUAAUAAUUUAAAUAUUUAUUGAUAAAUGGAAGCAGAAACUCGCCCACAUAAUUCUCAACGUGUUGGAAGCACUAAAAAUCAGUACUGCUACCCUCUGCUGAAAAAUGUGCAUCUUUCAAUACCACCACCAACCGUAAACGGCAAAACAAGUUUCACGUACGGGGAUUUUACAUAUUAUCAUUAUAAAUGUGACUUAUUUGAUGACGUUGGUUGGGGUUGUGCAUACAGAACUUUACAAUCAGCUUGUUCAUGGAUACGAAAUAUCUUGAUUAAAAAACGAUCCAUAGACGAUAAAAUAGAUAUGGAUAACAACAAACAAGAAUUAAAAGCUCAAUCCGUUCCAGAUGUCCCAACAAUACCAGAAAUUCAGAAAGUUUUAGUAAAUAUUUCAGAUAAACCUGAAUCAUUUUUUGGCUCAAAAGAAUGGAUUGGCGCUUUAGAAGUUUUUUUUGUUAUUGAUACAACUUACGAUGUGUGCUGUAAAAUUCUUCAUAUACCAGAAAAUGAUGACAUAAAAAAAUACGCAAACAUUAUAUGGAAAUAUUUUGAAGAAUUUGGUGGUCUGAUAAUGAUGGGUGGCGACGUUGAUGCAUCAUCUAAAGGAAUUGCCGGUUGUCAUAUUAGUGACAAUCAAGCUUAUUUUCUAGUCAUUGAUCCGCAUUUCGUUGGAAAGCCUAAAUCAAUUCAGGAACUUAUCGAAAAGGGAUAUGUAAGGUGGCAACAUACAUCUGAAUUUAUUGAUAGUUCUUUUUAUAACCUUUGUUUGCCUCAGAUUUCAGCCAAGAUAUUUUAAAAUUAAUAUCAAGUUUCAUACGUUGAGUAAUUGUAAAUGCUCAUUAUCCUGUAAUAAUAGCACCAUUUAUGCAUAACAUAAAUUACAUUAAAUAUGUAAAAUUUUAUUAUUCUUUUUAAUUUAUUUGCUGACCCGUUAUAUUUUAUUAUCACCAAACUUAAGUCUUGUAAAAUGUAUGUUAUUAUCUAUGGGUAAUUUACUUUAAAACAUAUUUUAACCCGACCAGUAAUUGAUGUUAUAAAUAAAAUAUAAAAUAUACAUAAAUUGUUUAUUUUUAAAA